GCUGCGUCCGAGUCGGCAUCAAAGGAUCGUAUUGUGAGGUAGCAAAUGAGCCUGUGAGCGAAAUAGGGACUGUACGCUGAGACGAGCCUCCAAUUUCCGCCAGACAGCGUGACGAUGCAAACCGCAACGCUCAACGGCCCAUUGCAGGCCGGUAACCCUUGCCCAGAGGCAAGCCUCGGGCCGCAGCGCACAGGUAGAAAUGCAGGCCGGGGGUACGGCUUGAUAACCCGUAGUGGCAUGGCCCGCCGCGACACCCUAAAUCAACGGCCGAGUUUGUGCCUGGAGAUUCCACCAGGCCCGCUGGCACCUCCAAGCCCUUGCGCCUUUCCCCCCGACCACGACGUCUCUCCGUUCAGUGGAAGCCCCUUCGGCUGGCUGUGCCUCAGUUCCUGCACCUCCCCGGUCAUGCCAUCGGUUCCCGCAAGCAAGAAGGGACGUGGGACGAAGAAGAAGGUGGCCCGCAAAGUUGACGACCCUGCACAGGCUGAAGUUAGCCAAGGAGGACCAGAUGCUGGUGUCGAGUCCGAACCCCGUCCGCGUCGGUCAGCCCGAAAUCUCGAUCCUGAACUGCAAGAGCUCGCCAAAGACUUAAGGAGCGAACAGCGAGCUCAGCAGAACGCAUUCGAGCAAGCCCGCGAGCACGAGAUUGCGAAUCCUACGAUUACGCAACCACGCUCUGCCAAAGCGCAGGCAUACAAAGACCGAGGUAUUCACAUGUUUUUGCUGGCUUCAUCCCGAACUCAUAUUGAUCUUCAUCCAGUCUGGCUGCCGAGUGGUAAGAAGCGCGAGCGGAAAGACUCUGAAGUUGCUGCCUCCUCUGCAGCGAGUGCUGUCAAGCGUGGGCGUGUGACCGACACGGAGGGUAGGUGCUUACCUCUGAUAAUCGUACACCCUACUGUCAUGCCUAGCUUUCGCAGCAACACCGUCGCACGAGGCGGCCCCUGAUUAUAGCCAGGGUUUGGGCAACACUCCCGAUCGAAUGCCAGG